CCAUACCUGGUUCAUAGUCUGUGCUAUUCGCCAUUUUGUUUGAAAAUACUUGCUUGCCGAUGCUGCUGCUUGUGUUCUGUCAAGCGAGGCUAUAGAGAAUGGGAAAUCUGCGUUUAAUUCCGAGACUGAUAUUAAUAUUGUGGAAAUGAAGUGAACAUGAUUGAUACAAAAAACUAAAGUACUAAUCGGCGUAACCUAACAGUUGCCACAAAAUUAUUUUUCACACCUAGUUGUUAAUAGAAUUCCUUUGGUAAUUAAUUGACAAUAUUUUCUUACAUCGUGUCAAGUGUUUUAAUUUAACAAACGCGCGGUAUGAGUUCAAGACAUCGUGACCGUAGCCGUUCAAGAUCUCGCGACCGCGAGAGGGACAGGCACAAGGAGAGAGAUCGUGAUAAGAACAGGGAUCGAGAUCGUGAUAAGGAAAGGGAGCGGGACCGAGACCGGGACAGGGACCGGGACCGCGACCGCGACCGUGAUCGGGACCGGGACCGCGACCGGGACCGUGACAGGGACAGGGACCGUGAUCGGGACCGCCAUCGCUCCAAGAGGGACAAGGAGCGAGAGCGCAGCCGCAGCCGCGACCGGCAUAAGGAGAAGCGCCGCAGUCGCAGCCGCUCGCGCUCCCGGAGCCGCAGCCGCAGUCGCAAGUCUAAGGACAGGGACGGCACCAUCGCGCUGCUGGACCAGAUGGUGGGCACCACCACCAAGGCCACGGCGCGGCAGGUGAGCAGCAACGGCGCGCUCAACCCCGCCGCGCACGCCGCCAUCCUCGCCGCCGCCGCCGUCGCGCAGACGUUUGUGGCGCAGCGGCGCAUGGCGGCGCCCGUGCAGCCCGCCGCCGCCGCCGCCGCCGCGCUGUCGGCCGCCACCGCCAUCCCGCCGCCCACCUCCGUGCAGCAGAAGCUGGAGCUGCUGCAGGCGCGCUCCGACUCGCGCUACCGCCCCGAGCGCCACCACGACUACCAUCCCGACGACGACCACGACGACGGCCUCGAGCUCGCAUACAUUGUCGAUCGCUCACCAAUACCGUGGCGUGGCGCAGGCCCGGCGGGCGAGACGGCGGCGGAGCGGCGGGCGCGGCGGCGCCGCACGCGCUGGAUGGGCUCGGAGCACGACAAGACCUUCAUCCCCGGCCUGCCCACCGUGCUGCCGUCCACGCUCACGCGCGACCAGGAGGAGCAGUACCUGCUGCAGCUGCAGAUCGAGGAGGUGUCGCGCAAGCUGCGCUCGGGCGACCUCGGCAUCCCCGCCAACAUCGACGAGAGGUCGCCGUCGCCCGAGCCCAUCUACUCCACGGACGGCAAGCGCCUCAACACGCGCGAGUACCGCACGCGCCGCAAGCUGGAGGAGGAGCGGCACCGCCUCGUCACGCGCAUGCACCAGAUCAACCCCGACUUCAAGCCGCCGCCUGACUACAAGCCGCCCAUCAUCCGCGUGCACGACAAGGUGAUGAUCCCGCAGGAGGAGCACCCCGACAUCAACUUCGUGGGGCUGCUCAUCGGCCCGCGCGGAAACACGCUCAAAGCGAUGGAGAAGGAGACGGGCGCUAAGAUCAUCAUCCGCGGCAAGGGCUCGGUGAAGGAGGGCAAGGUGGGCCGCAAGGACGGCCAGCCGCUGCCGGGCGAGGACGAGCCGCUGCACGCCUACAUCACCGCCACCAACGCCGACUGCGUCAAGAAGGCCGUCGAGAAGAUCAAGGAGGUGAUCCGGCAGGGCGUGGAGGUGCCGGAGGGACAGAACGACCUGCGCCGCAUGCAGCUGCGCGAGCUGGCGCAGCUCAACGGCACUCUGCGCGAGAACGACGCCGUGCGCUGCGCCAACUGCUCCGCCACCGACCACAAGACCUGGCUCUGCCCCGACAAGCCCAACGUGACCAACAGCAUCGUGUGCUCGUCGUGCGGCGGCGCGGGCCACAUCGCGCGCGACUGCCGCGCCAAGCGCCCCGGCCAGGCCGCGCUGCACAACGCGCCCAACAAGGCUAAGAUCGACGAGGAGUACAUGUCGCUGAUGGCGGAGCUGGGCGAGGCGGCGCCGGGCGGCGCGGCGCGGCGGCUGCCGGCGCUGUUCCCGCACGCGCCGCAGCAGCCCGCCCGCGCCAUCAUGCCGCCGCCGCCGCACCGCGAGCUGCCCGUGUCGCUGCUGCCGCCGCCCGGCGCCUUCCCGCCGCCGCCGCCGCCGCCCAGCACGCAGCCCGCGCCCUGGCUCGGAGGCGCGGGGGCGCAGCCGCCGGUGCCGGGCGGGCCGGCCGCCUACCCGCCGCCGCCGCCGCCCGCGCCGCUGCUGCCCGACGCCAAGCCGCCCGCGCCGCACCUGCCGCCGCCGCCGCCCGGCAUGAUGGGCAUGGGGUGGCGCGGCGGCUUCAACCCGCCGCCGUGGACGGCGCCGCCGCCGCCCGCCUUCCUGGCGCCGCCGCCGCCGCCGCCGCCCGUCUCCGGCGACUAGCGAGCCGCACACGCGCUAUCUACAGCGUAGAUGUUGACGAUGCAAUUAUUUUGAUCGACCAGAUUUAUUUAAUUUGUAAUAUAAUGAAAUUUAAUAAUUGAA